GCUCCCGCCCCGUGGCACUGGGGGUUCCGGAGGCACUUCGACGGGACGGGACGGGUGGAGCGGAGAGGGGCUCGGCAGCAGCGUGGCCAGCACUGCUGGAAGCGGGGUUCGGCGCCGGAGCGGCUCCUCGCCUUUGGGAACGGAACUUCUAUAUACGCAUCCAUGGCAAUGCAAGAUAAACCUGACCUAGCACCUGGAUUUUCAAACAUUAACCGUGUGCCAGGAUAUCAAGUCCCCUAUGGCUACCCUCAGCAUGUACCUGGGACUCACCAAGGUGUCGCAGGUGCAGGGAGCUAUGGCUUUCAGGUACAGGCCAUGAGAGUCCCAUCUGAACUUGCUGUUCCACCCAUACAGAACCAGCCCAUUGUGAAGGAGGGAACAAUCUGGAUGCCCAUCCCUCCUCCUCUUCCCAACUGCCCUCCUGGGCUGCAAUACCUCACUCAGAUUGACCAGAUAUUAAUUCAUCAACAAACUGAACUUCUUGAGAUUUUGACUGGCUUUGAAAAAAACAACAAAUAUGAAAUCAAGAAUACACUGGGGCAAAGGGUGUACUUUGCAGCAGAGGACACUGAGUGCUGUACCAGGAAUUGCUGUGGGCCAUCACGGCCCUUCACCAUUCGGAUUAUAGACAACCUGGGCCAUGAGGUGAUAACACUGCAGAGGCCCCUCCGGUGUUCUUUAUGCUGCUUUCCCUGCUGCUUACAGGAGAUGGAAGUUCAGGCACCACCAGGAACACCAGUUGGUUAUGUUGUCCAGAACUGGCAUGCCUGUCUGCCAAAGUUUACCAUUCAAGAUGAGAAAAGAAUGGAUAUAUUGAAAAUUUCCGGCCCAUGUGUUCCCUGCAGCUGUUGUAAUGAUGUUAAUUUUGAGGUGAAAUCUGUGGAUGAGACUGCUACUGUUGGAAGGAUUUCUAAGCAGUGGACUGGAUUUUUGAAAGAAGCCUUUACAGAUGCAGAUAACUUUGGAAUCACGUUCCCAAUGGACCUUGAUGUAAAAAUGAAAGCUGUCAUGAUCGGUGCUUGCUUCCUUAUUGACUUCAUGUUUUUUGAGCAUGGUGAUGAUAACCAACAGCGAGCAGGAGUUUGGCAAUGAAAACUUUUAUACAGAAGAAGAACAUAAAUCUCCCAACUUUCUAGUGGAUUUCAGAGCUCCAGUAAGAAUGUGAGAAAUGUGUAUCGUAUUUCUAUAAACUAAAAGCUUUACGUUUUAUUGUGAGUUUUUCUUUGUAGUAAAUAGUAGUAAGUAAUUUGUAGUAUUCAAAUAAGAACACUUUGUGCAGAUCAAAACAGAAACUUAUAGAAAUAUAUAGCAACCUUUCUUUACAAGAAAUUUGGAAUUGUAAAAUAACUACUUAUAGUUGCUUUAAUUCAUAAAAAAAGAGGACUUCUGUAUUCAUUAUUAAUGUAAGCAA